UGACAACCAUGCUCAGUUUGGACGGAGAGAUUUAUCACUGUGUGAGAAGAAAUCCUGGAUUUGUAGCAACAUGGCAAACAGAGAGUGGAACAAAAAGAUCUUACUGGAGCUGCUGAAGCUGCCGGACAACAGCAUGUGUGCAGACUGCGGCGAAUCAGAUCCAGACUGGGCGUCCUACAAGCUGGGUGUGUUUGUGUGUCUUAACUGCUCUGGUGUCCACCGCAGCCUGUCCAGCCAAGUGAAAUCCAUCAAGCUGGACUUCUGGGAGGAUGAGCUGGUGAAGUUCAUGAAAUCCAACGGCAAUGCCAGCGCCCAGGCCUUGUAUGAGAAAGCUGUUCCCUCGUACUACUAUCGGCCCAGGGCAAAUGACUCUGUUGUCCUGAGAGAGCAGUGGAUCCGUGCCAAAUACGAAAGGUUGGAAUUCACAGGUGAAAUGAAGUAUCCACCAAUUUCAUAUACAACAGGUUUCUAUGAAGGGUGGCUGUGGAAGAAAGGAAAAGAGAACACACAGUUUCUGAAGAGGAAGUUUGUGCUGUCAGAGAGAGAAUUCACACUGACUUACUACAACAAGGAAAAUGAGUCCAAAGGCCCUAAAGCUGUGAUCUCCAUCAAGGACCUGAAUGCCACUUUUCAGCCGGAGAAGAUCGGUCAUCCUCACGGGCUGCAGCUCACCUACCAAGACGCCGAUCACAUCAGGAACCUCUACGUCUAUCAUGACAGUCCUGAGGAAAUAGUUGCAUGGUACAACGCCAUUCGUGCUGCUCGCUAUGCAUAUCUGAAAACAGCAUAUCCGACUGGAAGCGAUGAAGAACUGAUACCGAAGAUAACAAGAAAAUACCUCAAAGAGGGAUACAUGGAAAAGACGGGGCCGCUACAGAAGGAGUCGUUCAAAAAGAGGUGGUUUAUUUUGGACUCUGAAAACAGAAAAUUGUUCUACUUCAGAGGCCAGCUGGAUGCAGAGGAGUUGGGGGUCAUUUUCAUCGGCACAGAGAGCAAAGGUUACUCUGUGAGGGAGUGCGUCCCGAAGCAUGCUCGUGGAAACAAGUGGAAGUGGGGCGUGAUGGUGGAGACGCCCGAGCGACAGUUUGUCUUCAUGUGCGAGCAGGAGAUGGAGCAGAGUGAGUGGCUGGAUGCUCUUAGACAGGUCCUGUCCAGGCCCAUGGCUCCGCAGGAUUAUGCCAUUGAAGCCAACAUCAAGUAUAAACAAUGAUCUGAAGAGACGGGUGUCAACAGGACGAAGGCGAGACGAAAGCAAAAUCCACUCAUGACCAAAGAAGUGUCAGGGCAUGUGGGGGAAAAAAUGAGAGGAAGAACAAUUCUUUUUCGUAACAGAAUAUAUGUUCGUUACCAUCCCUGCAUGAUAUUAUGCUGUUUUUUAUUAUGAUUCUUCUUUUGUUUUUUUACAUCAUACAUUUCCUGAGGAAAACACAUAUAUCGUUGGUGGUGAACAUGCUUCAUGAAAUCAUUAUUC